AUGUCCAGCAUCGUCAAUGCCUUUCGAAAACAAAAGCCCCAAAGAGCACCUCUACACGCCCGAUGGGGAGACGUCGGCAUCACCGUCCCGACAGAAGGCUCAUGGAGCCAAUUCGACAACCCUCACAAAGCAAGUCGCGAGAGAGCCGGUUACGGACCAGGCUUUGUCCCCGACUGCAACGACGAGAAUGAUCCCAAUCUGAUCAAUCAGCCUUCAUCAAAGAAAUCUACAACCAAACGUCAUCAACUUUCGACCCCUCUAUCGCGCAUGCGCAGCAUUACAAGACGCAAAGACCAAGAGACCAAAAGGAGUAAUGGAACAAGUAAGGCACGGUUUUCGUACAAACCUAUUGAUCCGGAUCAUAUGGUCGAGCUAGCGAUGGAAUAUGGUGACGGCACUGAGAUCCCUCCCAUCCUAUACGUACCUCCCAGCAAGGCGUAUUACGAGGAUUUGACAGUGCUGCAAUCAAGACUGAGGUCGAAAAACCCGCAAGUCACUACACAACAUGUGUCGAGAGAUUCGUGGCCGAGGCCUCCCUGGGAUUUUCUCAGCGAUGAUGACGACAGGUCUACAAGUACCUCAAGUCAAACACGUAUCCUUCCAUAUUAUCAGCCGGCGCCUCGCGAGGUUUCUGACAGGAAGAAAAAGAAGAACCGCAAAUUAUUCGCCCCCAAACCUGCAACAUUUGCUAUGGUUGAGGACGAUGAGGACCUAUACGGGUAG